GUCAAUUUAAUUCAAUGGUGAAUGGAUGGGUUGUUGUUAAUAAAUUUUAUUUAUCAACUGUACAAAGUUUUUACUGCUUAUUAGUUAUCAAUGAAGUAAUUUUAAGAAAACUAUAUCUUAACUCAGUGUAUACUAUGGAAACAGGAAACAGUAAGCGUACUCCAAGCCGCUGUAGAGAAUGGGAACGAGCUAGGCGCAAUAAGUUUAAUGAAGCUGUUAGUAAAUUGGGUGAAAUUGUCAAAGCCAUACACAAAAGUAAUUGCCCUGGGGAAGAGAGUGAAGACAUCCAGUAUCCGAAAAUUGAAAUAAUCCAGAAAGCUAUAAUAUACCUUAAUAACCACACUCAAGAGAAAACACAUUUAAAAGCAGAAAUUCUUGCCUUACAAGUGAAGCUAGAUAAAGAAAAAGAAAAAGAAAAUAUACUAAAGAAUGUCAAAGAUGCAACAACGCAAGUUUCUUUGGGCCUGAAUAAAAAAUGCAAAGAUAGCAAAUAUGUAAAACUAAUAAAGUUGAAGAAAGGAAAAAAGCAAAAAGAAAAAGUUGAAGCCAAAAAGCCAACACAAAAUAAUACUCCAAAGAAACUACCAGUACUUCUUCCAAGAUCGAAUUUAAUCAACCAAAAAGGGUCAGAAAACACAAUAGUGGUUCUGCCAGCUGCUCCAUACAUUUUCCCACAGAGACCACUAUUGUUCCCGUCUGUACCGCCCGCCAUAGUUUUAGUAGACCAAAAUUUACAACCAAUUAGCAAAACAGCAGUUCCUAUUGUGAAUAGAAAUAAUGGAGAUAUCACUAGAACUACGAUGGUUAACAUACUUCCCAUAUCAGCGUAUUCCCGUCCGCUAUCUGCUACCAAAAGUAAAAAGAAUAAUGUAAAAUUAAAAAAUGACGCUAGUAAGAAAUCUACGAAAAAAGUCAAGGCUGUUGGUAAUAAUGUCAAAGAAAGUAAUAAAGAUAAAGAGAUGAAAGAUAAACCACCAGUAGUAGUAGUUUCAAACGAAAGUAAAACUAUUGAAGACACCAGCAUUGAAAAUAACAAAAUUGAUAAAGAAGAUACGAGUAAAGAUAAGAACACCGAAAGCAAUAAAGUAUCUAAUACGACCACUCCACCUAAAAUAGAUAAUGGGCAAAAAGUUCCGAACGCAACUGCUGAAAAACCAAAUAGUAAUACUUCAGAGAAAGUUCCUAAUAAAAUUGUAGAUCAUAAAGUUGAAAAACCUGUAGAAAAACCUACAUGUACGGAAUCUGUCGUUAAAACUCUUCCAACCACUGUAGUCACAACAUCAACCACUAUAACAAGUAUUCAUGUUAUCCAACCGACGGAGGAAACUAAUAAGCCCAAUAAAAUUAUAAAUAGCAAACCAACUAUUGUAGAAACUAAAGAUAGUAAAUUGCCGAAUAUUUUACCAUUAGAUACAUCACUAUGCGAUAAUGUAGUUGACGGGGGUAACGCACGCCUUGAACUAGCGGAAGAAUUUUUGGCUACCUCACCAACUGCCGCAUUUCUUAUGUCUUUUCCAUUGGUUAGUGGUAAUAGAGCAGAUAGUCCCGCCGAAGAACAUGGCCACAACACAACUCAUGGCCAUAACACUGCUCAAGUGAUCCCAAAAGAUACUCACAAGAGGACAGAUUUGGUGCCUCCAACAAUACCAUAUUUUGAAAAACCAAGCAAUAACGAUAAUAAAGUAAAACCAACAGCAAUCAAGCCUACCGAAACAUGCAAUUCUACAAAUAAACAAAUUGAACAGCAAAAAUCAGUAAACAUAGUAACUAAAGAAUCUAGUAUUAUACCUGCCGUUACCAAGAGUACAGUAACGUUGCCGAACGCUCCGAGUGAAAACCCAUUUUUAAACUUAUCAGUGCCUUCUAUUAUAACAACAAGUUGUACAUUGGCAGACAGCACGUUUGGUUUGGAUUUCGAUUGCAAUAUUAGUAAACCUGUGUCGAGUCAGUCCACUGGCUACGUCAGCAGUAACAACUUCUUUUACAAGGGUGAUCCAUUUGGCAAAAGUGCGAUCUAUAGUACCAGCAGCAUCACCUCUACUCACGAAUUUAAUGGACUGGGUCUCUAUCCUUGCGCAAUGGAGAAAUAUACUUCCAAAAAUAAGUCUGAUUUUUCAAGUGUAGAUGAUAAUCUCAUGAAAAUUGGAUCGUCAAGAUUGACGUACGAUAUCGACUUGGGUUGGUCACAUAAAGGCUUGGAUUUUGUCAACUGCACAACAACUGCUAACACUUUUAGCAAGGACUCUAUACUGACGACUACUUCAGCACCUUAUACAACAUCUUAUAAUCCAUUCAACCCGGAUUUCCAUGUCCCGUUAGUUUCAAAUUCCAAUAAGAAAGAUAACUCAAACAAACCUACUUCUUCAUUUGCUGAUACCAUUACUAGUUUUUACUCACAGCCUGCUAAUUUAUGGAGUGAAGACGUUCCAUUUUAUACAAAUAAUAACAUGACAAAAACUUUAACAACCAAAAACCAACAUUAUACAACAUUUGAUCCCGUACAUAGUAACAACGUUAAUGUAAAAGCGAAUGCUAACAAACAUUACGAGCCUAAAGUGGCUGAAGCAAAUGUAGAAAGUGGCAUAAAACCGGUCAAUAAUGUUGUGCCUCAACAUAUACCUGAAAAAUACACCAAAAAGUCUCCGAGCAAAAUGCACAUUAACUGGAUGACAUCUGAAACUAGAACAGUUCAAAACAAUUGCAAUCCGAUACAUCCGCAGAUAAAAGACACUCAUAAAGGACCAUACAAUCAAACAGAGCAUUUGAGUAAAAAACAAGAUCACAAUGAAAGUAAUUACUUUCCCAUAUCGAUGCAUAACUUUCCUACGCAAGCACCUCAAGACGAGUUUCAAGUGUGGCCUUCUACUAGACCUCUAGGAACCACGGAAAUAAGUAUAGAUCCACCCCCAAUUAAUUUACCAACGUUGGUUGGUGAUCUAGCCCUUGGGCCCCACGAUAAGAAUAGAAAACUAGAUGUGACGAAUCGUAAUGCACCACACGCGGAUGUACAAAAUUGCGGGAAUUUCCUCUCGGUCACGCAGCUGAUGAAUCGGUCAACUGACAAUAUGCCUUCUCGAUAUCAAGUUCCAAACAUGGAAACAUCCAAGACAGGCCCUACGAAACAAAACAUAAAUCAUUUUAGUAACGAAAGUAACCGAAAAACUAUGUCACAUUUAGAAAAUCACAUGACACAGCCUUGUUACGUUUUUAACGAUCCUAAACUAGUUAAUUCUUAUGAAAGUAUGCCACAAACACAUUUCCCUCCAACUAAAACAAAAUCAAACAGUAAAACGGAAAAAUCUGCUAAAAGUCAAAAGAAUAACUAUUCUACUGAAGCUUUACUAAGGGGUGCCAACGGAACCCAGAAAAUUCAAGAUACUAAUAGUGCUAAGUUUAUGAUGCCGCCUCAGAAGUAUACAGAUUUCAGUACUCCACAAGACAGUGCUGUGGCUCAAGUGUCACAUUUUCCGCCGAUCAUAGAUUAUUCUGACAACAGCUACGCUACCCAACAGUUUUCGGGAACAACUUUAUACAAUACCACUACUAAUACCAUGUCCAAUUCUUUCUACACCAAUUUUAUGCCCGGCAGUAGUAAUUUAAUGUCAAGCAAUUAUGCAAGUGCACCCUUUACUGGUGACUUCAUUGAUUACAAUCAAACUGCUGAAUGCAAUUACGGAAAUCACAAAUAUGAGGAGUUGAAAAUGAGAAAUAACGCAACAGUGUUUCAAGCUGAGAAAGCGCCGCCUACAUACAAAACAUCGAGGAGAGAGUCGGCUACGAAACACAAACUGGAAUGUUCGAAGAAGGAAUCGAGUAAAAAGUAUCAAAGUAAAAAGGCUAAGAUUAAUAACGAAGUUGAGGAAUGGAACGAUCCCCACUUGUUUUGGCAGAAUAAGGCAUUAAAUAAGAAACACCCGAACUUGAUGUCGGAGGAACUGCCUUUUCCGAACUACGUGGGCAAUCAGAUGCCGUCACAGUAUCAGGCGGAUUUCUUCAACAGUCACCUGAUGCCCGCCAACGUGCAAGGCAUGGGACACAAUGUGGACAGGUCGCUGGCCAGUUUCCCUGUCACCUCCCGUGCCAACUUCAACUUGAGUACCAUAUUUCCAGAAAUUACUAUGAAAGUGCAAUGAUAAAUACUUCGGUGGACUCCACCGAGGCCGCCAAAAUUUUAAUUUAUUAUAUUUUAAGUGUAAUUCUGUUAUUGUAUUAAAUGGAUUUUAUUACAAAAA